AUGCUGCCCAGCGCACCAAAUGAUCGUGAUGGCACCCGCAUCAACGGCCAGAGAUCGGUUGCAGAUGCCUUAGGCACGAACGUUGCUGAUCGCGGUGUAUUCAAUUUUAACUUUUCUGCCAACCAGGCGGUGUCCACGUACACACAGGUCCUCAACGAUUUGGUCAAUUUCAAGCUGCCCGACGUAAACCUUGCCCUUAGAAUUUUGGAUGAUGCAAAAAAAUUGUUAAUGGAUGAGCCGAAUCUGCUACACAUAAAAUCACCGUGCACGGUUGUUGGUGACAUACACGGACAGUUUGAGGAUUUGUUGUUGUUUGCAACACGCGAUAAAAAGUUUGUCUUUCUGGGUGAUUACGUGGACCGGGGCACAUCCUCCGUUGAGGUCGUUCUGUUUCUCUGCCUCAAGAAGAUUUUGCACGGCAACGUGUACCUGCUGAAGGGCAACCAUGAGAUGGCGAACCAGAACGAGACGUACGGAUUUAAGAGCGAGUGCCUGCUUAAAUACGACAUUUCGUUCUACAGAAGAGUUAAUGAGCUAUUUGAGGUGAUGGGCAUAGCAGCGAUCGUGGACAGAACGUACUUUCUUGUGCACGGCGGCAUCUCGCCAUACAUCAGCGAUGUACGAAGCAUUAUGUUCCUCGAUAGAACGGACUUCAGCAGCUUUCUGCCGCUCCUGUGGAGCGAUCCGCAGGAGGAAGAUGGGUACAGAGCGAGUCCUCGCGGAGCCGGCUAUCUCUUUGGGCCCGAUGUUUUAAACAGGUUCCUUGAUGAUAAUCAGCUAUCGUACGUGAUUCGAUCUCAUCAGCUGGUCAUGGAGGGCCACAAAAUCAUGGGAAGGUGCAUUUUCGUGUGGUCGGCACCCAACUAUUGCAAUGCCAUGGGCAAUGCGGCAUCGAUAAUGAACAUAAAUGGAAAGGACUUCGAUUUUUUUACGUUUACUGCCGCUGCCAGAAACGAGCAAAUGGCUGGCAAACAGAGGGAACCACAGAUGUAGCGCAAGAAGGAUCAGAUGCCGUAAAUGAAGAAAACACUUUUGAUGAGACAGAGAUGCGCACCUCUCCACGGACAGCAUUGGUAGAUCAUGAUGCACCUGCGGAGCGUAUCAAAUGUUGAACGGCAUGCAUGCCACCGCUGCACUGCUCUUUCAGCAUGGCGAUGUGUUUGCCCGCAACAAUGCCACCACGGACCGUACGUCCGGAUUGUAAUCGUGCACAGGUUCAGGGCACAUAAACAUUUAUUCCUCAAUUGCAGUAGAAAAGUGCUUUGAUUUAAGGUACAGGAUCAGAAACAUCCCUACAGUGCUACCCUACACGUUCAAGCUAUCAGUAUUUUGAUUGGUCAUCAUUUGGUGUGAAUUAUUCUUGAACGUAGAACACUUCAAUACCAUUAAAACACCUCCUCUGCACCGCUCCAUACUCACAGGCGAAUCACCAACGAACUGCUGCUGACCGUGAAGUAGAGAAUAGCUGGUUCAGAAAGUACAGAGCAUCUACGGUAUCACCGGUUCCUGUGGUCUUAAAAUGCACCUCAUUAAUAUUUGUGAUCGCUAAAAUCAUUUCUUCUCGUACAGCAUUAAAAUCACCAGCUUAGAAAACACCUGUAAUUCAAUUCGGCACCUCGUUCAGGCAGGAAAGAGGUUCUGUACGGGCACCUUUCCUGUGGUAGGUAAGCACAGUUACAAUCUUUGAGCACUUCCAACCGCUAUCCUUUCAUUCCACGAUGCAAGGAUAGCGGUUUGAAGUGCAGUAACGUGGGGAUGUACGAAUUAUGUGCAGUGUUUUGCGUUGCUGUAGGUACAUUUGGGUAAGCUUACAUUGCUUGUCGUGCGAUAGGUCUAUGGUGUGAACUGUUCGUUACCUUUGACUUUUGGCUUGAUCACAGUAGUAUGGAGGAUUAGAGAGGCGUGUUUGAGGUGGAGUUGGGCGUGAGUACCAAAAAAUGCGUUUUAGAAAAGAAUACCUGUCCCAGUACAAUACAUGAAUCAAAUUUACCUAUGUCACAGUUUCUUGGUAUGUGUUUUUUACCAAAUUAGUAUUUCUUGGGUAACUCGGAUGAAAUACACUGCUUACGAGUUAUUUAAGAUACAAAUACAAUUUUUACCGUUUUAUUUGAGCACUGUUCAGCGGUUCGGUAUAGUUCAUCAUUUUUAUUCUUCAGUUGUGUUUGAACUGCAGGCAUGUCCAUGUAUUUUAACCCACACGCUAAUGCCUAGCUGCAGGCAUGUCCAUGUAUUUUAACCCACACGCUAAUGCCUAGAACAUGGCAAGGCAGGAUCAAAUGACUUGUGUGUGAAAACCACCAAUCAGCACUAUUUGGUAGUGAUAAUAGAGAACAUGGCAGAGAAAAGCGUAGUUUACAACAAUUUACGGUGUUAUCGUGCCGGAUUGCGGAAGCCAUCAGAGGAUUGUUUUUCUGACCGUAACACCGGCAUUUAUUGCCAGUUCUUGGCCGCGAUUGCUGCUCAGGAUGGAAAGCGUUAAUUAAAUUAUCGCGAGGAAAGGCAGUGUCAGCGGCUAUCGACCUUCAGCAGCAGAACGCUUCACAGCACUUUGCGAAUUAAAACUGCUCCGUGAUAUUUUCUAUCAUUGGUACGUUAUUGCCGCUUAACUCGUUGUUACUUUGAAACAGUAUAACUAAUCACAACACUUCGUCACACAUUUUUUACUUUUAAGAACACACGCGAAACGAAACAUGCACUUCUUUUCAUUUUUUGUGCUGCUAUGUGCCAAGCCGGACCGUAACAUGGAGGAAGCAGAAAAUGAACUGAUAAAGAAAACAAAUGAACAUCAAAGUGAUGAUGCUGAGAAGGAUUGCCCAAAAAUACCCGGAAGUGUGAGGGACAAUUUGAAUAAUAUGAACAAGUGCAGGAGCAAGCUUGAUAAGAAGGAUAGCAACCUAAAACCACGGAAAACCAAGAUUUAUGGCGGGUCCUUCAUAUUUUAGCCGAGUCUCUGCUGUGUAUGUUAGAAAUAAAAUAAAUUUUUGCG